AUGGGGGCACAAGGCCACGAGGAGGAAGAGCUGCUGCAGCUUCUGGGCAUCCACAGCGAGGAUGAGCUGCCGCCCUUCAGCAUAGGCUUUGCCGCGUCUUCCAGCAGCUGCGCCUGGGCGCUGCCGCCGGAACUGUACUGCCCCAUCACACGGGAGCCCAUGCGGGACCCUGUGCUGGCUGCCGAUUCCCACACCUACGAGCGGGAUGCCAUCGAAGCCUGGAUUGCACGCCAGCAGGCUGCCGGACAGCAGGCGACCUCACCACUGACCAACCUCCCACUGGCGCACACCGAACUAGCCCCCAACCGUGUGGUGCGCAGCCUGACGGCCACUCUGGCGGGAGCUUGGGAUGCGUGUGCAGGCUGA